AUGGCCAAGCAGUACGACGUGCUGUUCCGCCUGCUGCUGCUCGGCGACUCGGGCGUGGGUAAGACGUGCCUCCUGUGCCGCUUCACCGACAGCGAGUUCCACCCGGCGCACAUCUCCACCAUCGGGGUGGACUUCAAGAUGAAGACGAUCGAGGUGGAUGGCAUCAAGGUGCGCAUCCAGAUCUGGGACACGGCAGGGCAGGAGCGGUACCAAACCAUCACCAAGCAGUACUACCGGCGGGCACAGGGCAUUUUCCUAGUGUAUGACAUCAGCAGUGAGCGCUCCUACCAGCACAUCGUCAAGUGGGCCAGCGACGUGGAUGAGUAUGCACCCGAUGGUGUCCAGAAGAUCCUCAUUGGGAACAAAGCAGACGAAGAGCACAAGAGGCAAGUGGCCAAAGAGCAAGGGCUGCAGCUUGCCCGGGAGUAUGGAAUGGACUUCUAUGAGACCAGUGCCUGCAGCAACCUGAACAUAAAGGAGUCCUUCACCCGACUGACGGAGCUGGUGCUGCAGGCGCACCGCAAGGAGCUGGAGGGGUUGCGCACUGCCACGGCCCCCCCUGAGCUGGCCCAGCUGGAGGAGGAUGAGCAGCAGACCCCGGGGGGGCACGACAACCCCAAAAACUGCUGGUGUUGAAGCCUGGCCUCCCCCUGCCCUGCUACAGAGGGGGCAUGGUGGGGGAACACAAGGAACGGGGACUUACCCCCACUCCACCGCAGCCCCUUGGUGUUUGGGGGGGGGUCCCAGGCACUGUUGGCAUACCCUGCAACCCUGUUUUGCACACCAUUUCCACAAUAAAGGAGAUACUGGAGCCCCUU